AUGCAGGGACUUGGCGCAUGGAGGAGGCUGGUUCCGAGCGGGACUGGCCUGUCCUGGCGGGCUACUCGCCGGCGAGGUUCAGGUGAGGUCAUCGGCCGGUGGAGGUGCAGCAGAGGAUGUCGCGGGGCCCUCGAGCAAAGGCGGGGCUUCUCCUGCUGGCUUCUGGCAACGAGCGGCGUGGGAACGAGGACGAGGCAGGAGGUCGCGCGAGGUGGAGUUGACAGCAGCACGCCAUGGGAGUUGGAGCUCGCGGCAGGAGGUGAAGAAGAUGGUGCAGCGACGGGGCGAGGAACGCAGGGGCCACGGGGCGGCUGCGCGCCCGCGGGAGCGAAGCGAUGGGUACGGGAACGCGUGGAGAGGCUCGGGGUUGACCUACUGGCGCUCGACGAAGACGGCGCGGAGGAUGACGGAUGCGGGCGCAGGUGCUCGAGGAGCUCCUCUCCUCGAGCGCUCGGGCAAGGAGGAUUUGGCGAGGAGUCGCGGUCGCGGCCUGGUGCUGCAGAGGGAGGCGCGCGGGAUCAAGAGGGAGAGAGUGAGAUGGGGAUCGGGACGAGCGAGGGAGAUGGCGGCGCUGGAGGAAGGGAUCAAGGGAAAGAGAGGGAUCGCGGGACAGAGCUAGGGUUAUCGGUGUGGCUGGGCUUUAGGAGGGUUGGUGGGCCUAGGAGGCCGGCCCAGUGGAGAGGGAGGCUGCUGGGCUCUCCACUCCCUUCUUCAAAUCUCUUCUAA